CAGCGUUGACGCAUCGUCCUCGUCGUCGUCCUGCAACGGUUUCUUGGUUUCUUGGUUUUUUUCCCAAAAACAAAUUAAAACGGUUUCCCCGGCGCCAUUCAAGCCCGCAUCAAGUAUACGCAGAGUGUGCCUAAUUCCACGCUCUAAUGAAGUUAUAGGGUGCGUGAUUCCUGUGCUAAUCUCUGGUCAGCCCAAGGAUCAAAAGGAGUCGCUCCGGUUUUCGACGGUUAAUUGAAAAGUAGCCUCCAGACUUUAGCUUAAAAAUCAACCCGCGGGUAAAGGAAAUUUUGUUUUUUGGUUCCAAGAAUCGGAAGUCGCGAUGAAGUUGGUCGUGUAUCUUUAUUUGUCCAUGAUUGUGCUGGGCGUUCAGGCCUGGCCCAGUGUGAAGCGUUCUUUUGAAAUAUUUCCCAACCCGGCGGUGCCACACAAUGUGCACACGGUCUCAGAUUGCAUGCAUGUGGCCUCUGAGGCAGGUGACUACAUCUUCAAGAAACUCAAUCCCCUAAGUUCGGCGUUGAAUCGAGAGGCUGCUCUGCUAGAACUGGAGGCGGCAGGAGCUGGCGCAGGGGCUGGGGCAGAAGCCAGAGCUGGCGUGUUGCCCGGAGUGGUUCCAGGCGAAGGAGCAGGAACAGGAGCAGAUGUCCAGGAAGUGCCGAGCCCCGAGGUGUGUGGACUUUAUGUGAUUGGGGAGCCAGACACGAUUGUCGAGAUUACAAUGAAGCACUAUGAUGUGAACUGCGAGACAGGAGCCCUAAUGGCGUUUGUGGAUGGCUGGGAGCUGAAUGGCGAGUACUUUCCGGGCAUAAAAGAUCACCAUCGUCCGCUGGAGGAGCGUGUUUACGAGUUUUGCAACAACUACAGACAAUGGCCCCGAGUCAGCAAUAAGAAGUUCUUCCGCUCCAGCCAGAAUGCUGCCCUGCUUCAGUACCGGAUUCCUGCGCGCGGCUCCUUUGUGGCCAAUGUGAAAUUCCACAAGAUCACACAGCCUUGCAAUGUAUUGGUCCAGGAUGUAGCUGCCAUGUACAAGAUGACCAACUUUGGCCAGGCCCGGAACUGCACCAUCUCGGCGCUCUUUCCGGCAGUGGUCUCCCUGGCCAGUCUAAGGAUCGGUGGCAAGAGCGUGAGGGCCCAGCAAAAGGUCAACUAUGAUUGUCAAAUGCCCAGUGAUCGCUUGGAGAUUGGCGGAUCCGCUGGCCUGGAUGCCUUGGGAAUGGAGCAGGCCAGCGCCGUUUGUGGGGCCUCUAGCGAGCCGGGACCAGAGCAGGCCAUCUUUUGCGGGGUGACCACCGUGCGCCUGGUAUCCUCCGGCCGUUAUCAGAACCAGGCGGCUCUUGUCCUGCGAAAAGCCGAUGUGCAGGACCUGGACAUUGCCACGCUCAUGUGUGCGCUCUAAGCGGCGAGCGGGACGCGGUCCAAGUGUGUAAAUGUUUGUAAAAAAAAAAGAAAACGACAGAAGAUAUAGAUUCCAGCAAUGAAUCGCCGUCAAGCGGAUGCGGAAGCCACCUCCCCGGACUCCA